AUGUCAGAACUGAGUAAACGACAAGUGUUACCUACUAAUGUUAGACCGACUCAUUACACUUUGACCUUGACUCCAGACUUGGUCAAUUUCACUUUCACCGGUUCCGAAGUCAUCAACAUUAACAUCAAUGAAAAUACCAAAGUUAUAACUCUUCACGCUAAUGAAAUUGAAAUAAAAUCUGCCAAACUUGUAAAUUUGGAUUUAAAAACCAGUCAAGGUUGCGAAGCGGAGAAUAUUAGUUAUAAUUCUCAAAAGGAAACAGCUACUUUAACGUUUCCACAAGAGUUUUCUUCUGGAGCUUCAGCUUCUCUUUACAUUGAGUUCACUGGCAUUUUGAAUGAUAAAAUGGUCGGAUUUUAUAGAAGUUCUUAUAAAGAUAAAAGUGGAAAUACUAAAUAUAUGGCAACAACUCAAUUUGAAGCAACUGACGCUCGUCGAGCGUUUCCUUCAUGGGAUGAACCAGCAAUCAAAGCUACCUUUGACAUCACUUUAAUUGUAUCAUCUGAUAUGACUGCUUUAAGUAAUAUGAAUGUAGUCAGUGAAACUCAACUUGGUGAUGAUAAAAAAGAAGUCAAAUUUAACAAAACGCCGAUAAUGAGCACCUAUUUGAUCGCUUUUAUUGUUGGUGACUUGGGUUAUAUUGAAGCUCAUACAACUGGAAAACACAAUGAUGGCAAGCCUAUAUUGAUUAGAGUAUAUGCACCUAAAGGCGAAGAACAGCAUGGUGAAUUUGCUUUGAAUGUAGCAACACAAGUUUUAGAAUAUUUUGCCGAAGUGUUUGGAAUUCCCUAUCCUUUGCCUAAAUGCGACAUGGUUGCAAUUCCGGACUUUGAAGCUGGUGCUAUGGAGAAUUGGGGUUUGAUUACGUAUCGUACUUCCGAAAUCCUUUUUGAUCCUAAGGCAUCCGAUGCAAAAUUUAAGCAACGUAUUGCGUAUACCGUUUCUCAUGAAUUGGCACAUCAGUGGUUCGGUAAUCUCGUAACUAUGGAAUGGUGGGAUCAUCUUUGGCUUAACGAAGGUUUCGCCACAUGGGUUGGAUAUUUAGCAGUUGAUAAAAUUUUUCCUGAUUGGGACAUUUGGACUCAAUUUGUCACUGAAGGAUUUCAAAUAGGUCUUCGGCUUGAUUCUUUAAGAUCAUCUCAUGCUAUUGAAGUCCCUGUAAAUGAUCCCAGUGAAAUUUCUCAGAUUUUCGAUGCUAUCAGUUAUUACAAGGGUGCUUCUGUAAUUCGCAUGUUAAGUACUUUCAUUGGGGAGAAUGUGUUUUUAUCCGGUAUUAGAAGAUAUUUAAAGCGUCAUGAAUUCAGUAAUGCUAGUACCGAUGAUUUAUGGAAAGCGCUAACUGAAGAGAGUGGCAAUGAUGUUGGUCAGUUUAUGACAGGAUGGACAAGAGUGGUGGGAUACCCGGUAUUAACUGUUAAAGAACCAGCACCUGAUACCUUGGAAAUUCGACAAUGUCGUUUCCUUUCAACUGGAGUAAUUAGUCCUGAAGAGGACAUUACCAAUUGGUGGGUGCCUCUUGGCAUCGACCUUGGACCUGAAACUCAAAAUGAUUUUAAGUCAUUUGUUCUUACUCAAAAAGAGACUACAUUGAAAUUUCCAUUUAAAACAUCCGAUUUUUAUCAGCUCAAUGCACAUAAAACUGGCGUUUUUCGUGUCAAUUACACUCCUGAACGAUUAGCUAAAUUAGGACAAGCAGUUAAGCAAGGAUUCCUUAAUGUUAGUGAUCGUAUUGGAGCAAUUGCUGAUGCUGGUGCUUUAGCAACAAGUGGUUAUAGUAAAACUAGUGGCUUAUUGAAUUUCAUCAAAGAAUUCGAAGAUGAGGAUAAAUAUAUUGUAUGGUUAGAGAUUAGUAAUCGUUUAGGAAAUCUGCUUCAUGCUUGGUUUGAACAACCCACACCAAUUUAUCAAGGACUCUUAGCUUUUAACCGUCAAUUAGUGUCUAAAUUAGUUCCUAAAUUAGGCUGGGAAUAUUCUGAAAGUGAUGAUUAUUUAACCACCAUGUUAAGGACACUUAUUAUUAAGAUGGCCGGUAACGCCAAUGAUCCAGAAACUGUUAAAGAAGCUUUUCGCAGGUUUAAUCUUUUCACCAAACAAAAUGAUGAAUCUGCUUUACAUCCUAAUAUUCGUGGCGUUGUAUUUGAAAUCGUAUUAUCUCAAGGUGGUGGAGUCGAAGAUUUUGAAGCUAUAUUAAAAGCUUAUCGUGAAGCUAAGACAGCAGAUCAAAAGACAGAAUCAUUGAAGGGACUCGGUUUUGCUCAGAGUGAUGACUUGAUUCAACGUGCAUUAAAAUUCGCAAUUUGUGAAGAAGUUAAAAAUCAAGAUGUUAUUUUCGCAUUAUCUAGUUUGCAAUUUAAUCACAAUUCACGAAGACUUCUAUGGAAUUUUGUUAAAGACAAUUGGGAUGUGAUUAUUGAAAAAUACUCCGCAUCUCGUGUUCUUUUUGGACAGAUUAUUAAGUUGAGUACUCAAUUAUUAACAUCUGAAGAUGACAUUGCAGAUAUUGAGAAAUUCUUUUCGAACAAAGAUUGUAAAAAAUUUGAAAGACCUUUACAACAAAGCAUAGAAAAUAUUCGUGUUAAUGCAGCUUGGUUGAAGCGUGAUUCAAAGGAUGUUGAAGAUUGGUUGAAAGCUAAUGGGUUCUUAGAAUGA